AUGGAAGUGGCGCAAACCCCUCUGCAAUUAACACAAGAUCAUCAAGAGGGACGAAUGACAGGAGAAGAUAGCACAUCCCCAUUACGCUGGUCGCCACCUACAUCGGCAGCACUGGUAGCUGCGGCGCUCGCGCCUCCAGCAUUGCGACCGUGGCUACCUGAUCCACCUCCAAAGAAGACUAACCACUUGGGUCUAGUCUGCGUCGUUUGCGGAGACACAAGUUCUGGUAAGCACUAUGGUAUCCUUGCUUGCAACGGCUGUAGCGGUUUCUUCAAACGAUCUGUUAGAAGAAAGCUCAUUUAUAGAUGUCAAGCCGGCACCGGACGUUGCGUGGUCGACAAGGCACACAGGAAUCAAUGCCAAGCGUGUCGUCUCAAGAAAUGUCUUGCUAUGGGGAUGAAUAAGGAUGCGGUACAAAACGAACGUCAGCCUCGAAAUACUGCGACCAUACGCCCCGAAGCUUUAAGAGAUAUGGAUCAAGAGCGAGCUUUGAGGGAAGCAGCUGUCGCUGUUGGAGUGUUUGGGCCACCAGUAUCUUUAGCGAUGCUCUCACCGGCGCGAUACCCGCUGCUCUCCCCGCACUACGCACCGCUGCCCGCGCCUCAGCCGCAACCACAGCCGGACUCUUCACACGACCACGGCAGCCAUGCGCAUUCUGAUAGCGAUGAUGACAGUAUCGACGUAACGAAUGAGGAGGACUCUACUUCCUACUCACCGCCGGCUUACCCUCAGAACUGUAUGCCUUAUGGUCCGUUAGGCGUAGAGAGCUCAGCCGAGACCGCCGCCCGCUUGCUCUUCAUGGCGGUGAAAUGGGCUAAAAAUCUACCUUCCUUCGCUAGUCUGGCUUUUAGAGAUCAGGUAAUACUCCUAGAGGAGGCAUGGUCAGAGCUGUUUCUACUGAACGCCAUACAAUGGUGCGCGCCGCUCGACGCCGCCUGCGCUGCUCUCUUCGGCACUGAACAAACCGAUCAAGAAAACGGCAGUAACUCAACAGCAUUGCGCCGCCUGCGCGAGGUGGUGUGCCGCUACCGCAGCGUGCUGGUGGACCCCGCCGAGUUCGCCUGCAUGAAGGCCAUUGUUCUGUUUAAAUCUGAAACCCGCGGUCUAAAAGACCCCCUCCAAAUAGAGAACCUUCAAGACCAAGCGCAAGUAAUGCUGAUGACGCAUGCGCGAACUGCCCACGGGGCCGCCCCGGCCAGGUUUGGACGGUUAUUAUUGCUAUUACCACUAUUACGUGUCGUUAACCCUCAACAGUUAGAAAGAGAGUUCUUCUCUAAAACCAUCGGACAGACUCCAAUGGAGAAGGUUUUAGCGGAUAUGUACAAAAAU